AUGUCGUUUUCGAGUGGCAAGCCGGUGGAGGUCAUCGUUCUCCGUGUGGUUCUGGGAGUCGCUGUUGUCGGCACCUUGGCCUCGAUCAUGCUCAUCAUCAUCUCCAAUCAUGGCUUUGGCGAUCCUUGCGACGACAACAACUUUUUCAAGGACAGCACAAAGUGCUGGGGCAAGAAGAACGGGCCCAUCCUCCUCGGCAUCAUGCUCACAACCGCCGUCCUGGCCGCUAUCGGCCUCGCCAUUACCAGCCGCAUGAGCAGGAUCAAGAUGAGUGGCGGCGGAGGUGGCUUGGAUGACUUGGAUGGCUACGACUCGGGCGUUGGCGAUUACGAGUACAGUAACGAUGCCGAGGCCGGCGGCGCAAGGAAGCGCCGCGGCGUCAACCCAUUCGAUGAGGGCAAGGCCGACGAGUCGGCCGACGGCCCCCGUCCCGCGCGACUCUUCACCAAGGGCAAGCGGGCGGCAGCAAGCGCCCCGCCACCGAGCGGCAGCGAGUACAACAGCGAUGACGACAGCAAUAGCAGCAGCGAGUACGAGUACGAAGAGAACCCUUCGUCCGAUAGCAGCGAGUACGAGUACGACGAUGGCUACAUGUACGAGAGCUGA